UCUCUCAUCCGAUUGAAUUGACAGCUUUUAGUGCGUUUUCCUAGAACCCGCGCACGACAUGUCCACGACGGGCAGCCCUCUGUGCGCCGCGGCACUUUUAUAUUUUCUGGUCUUUUCUUUAACAUUUUUUAUGAACAGUUGGCACUUCAGAGUUCAUAAAGGAGUUUUUGAAAAUGGAACUCUUGAGGAUGAUUUUGUUAUGGAGCAUAACCCAUUAGUUCAUGAAAUCAACGAAAGACGCAAGGAAAUCCUCCCUUUCCUCAUCUCUUCUGGGGUAGAGAGGUUGUUGGAUGAGUCGGGACAUUUUGCGCAACACCAAUCUUUUGAAAGUAAUCAUUUGGAUAUUAGUUUGGAGAAUGAAAGUGAAGUUUCCAUUGGAUCUAUUAGAACGAAUAAGGAUCAAAUUGGCUGUGAUCAGCUUGUUGAUAUGAAAGCUGUGGCUAUCCUUGGCUCGGGCUAUACCAAAAUAGUGCUCAAAGUUGUGCUAUCAGAGGGACAGUCUGUGGCAUUGAAGACUGUGUAUGAGCAAGGAACUGACAUGGGGAGAUGUCUCGAGGAUUUUAAAGACCCCUUGGGCUGUCACAAGCUUGUGUCUUUCAAACUGAAAAAAGAAAUAGUUUUGUUGCAGAGACUGCAACAUCCAAACAUCAUCAAGCUCCGAGGCCACUGUGAAGACAGUAAGGGGGCAGGUGGUAUCACAGCCAUCUUGGAGCAGGGCUUCCCACUGCAGAUGAUCCAGCUACUACAGAGCCGCUGGGAGGAACGCUUUCGGGUUUGUUUGGGCUUGGUGAGACUCCUCCACUUCCUCUCCCACUCCCCUCUGGGCUCCGUGGCUCUGCUGGACUUCCAGCCCCGUCAGUUCGUCAUGGUGUCUGGGGAGCUGAAACUCACAGACCUGGACGAUGCCAGCGUGACGGAGCCCGCCUGUCAGACGGACCAGGACUGUGUCUUACAGUUCCCCCUCCGCAACUUCAGCCAGCCCUGCUCGGCCCAGGGAGUGUGCGAGGGCCUCAACGAGAUGAGGAAUCUUUACAAUGCCUACAGGUAUUUCUUCACCUACCUGUUGCCUCACCAAGCCCCACCUGCUCUGAGACAUCUGGUGGAUCACAUCAUGAACUCAACGGGAGAGAUGAAAGGGGGCGUGAAUGACACGUUAGAAGCCUUUGAAGACAUGCUCCAUCUGUACAAGUCCGACAGGCACCUGGACAACGUGCCUCCAUCAUUAAUCAGAGAUUAUGCAGUCACGAGAGGCAAGAGCACCUCUGGAAAUAUGCAAUCCAGAUGCUGGCCCUCGUACAACCACCAAGGCUGUCGGUGCAGUCGGUGCACAGCGCCAAGGAGGUGGCCUUCAUCUGUAACUCCCAUCCUCACUAUCUUCAUCCUGAACAACCAGAGGAAGUGGACAGCAGGCCGGCUCCUCGCCUCGUUCCGAAGCGGUUUCAGCCAUCUGGUUUCAGAUGUGAACUCGGAGGUGUAUUUGAAAAAGAUGAAAGCCUCAACAGGAACUACGGACGAUGACCCAACACACCUCCAGGCUGUUGAGAUGGUUUCGGAUGAGUCGGAUGGCAGAGCAGGGCCUCGGGAGCAGGGCCUCGGGAGCAGGGCCUCGGGAGAGGGAGCAGGGCCUCUGGAGAGGGAGCAGGGCCUCUGGAAAGGGAGCAGGGCCUCUGGAGAGGGAGCAGGGCCUCGGGGUCUAGGCAGGGCCUUGGGAGAGGGAGCAGGGCCUCGGGAGAGGGAGCAGGGCCUCGGGGUCUAG